AUGAACCGGUCAGUGAACUGUUCCCUGCCCUCCUCCACGUCCUUCCGUGCAAAUGAGUCUCCGACCUCCCUCUCCUCUUCCGCCUCCUCCUCCCUGUCCACAUCCGCUGUCUCCUCUGUGGCGGCUGCUUUAACUACGUCGACAACGGCAGCAAUCAGCAACGGGGCCCAGUUGGCCAAUGAGAAUCCAGAGUUGGGACGGCCGCCACUGGGCUCCCCUUACUUCCGUGAGGUGAUUGGUCUGCCGGGCGGUUCGCUGGCCCGUCAACAGCGAAGGGUCCGCAGCGCCUCCGGUGCCAAUAUGCCCCUCCUCUCCUUCAUUGACAGGCCCACAAAAAUGGCCCGUACAGGCGCCGAGGAGCUUCGCAACCCCUCAGCAGAUCUGGCCUUUUCAGUCCACAGUCUCACAGGCAUCGACUGUUCGCCGUCGGCGGAGAACCAACAGCACCACAUCAAAAACGAAUCCGGAGAUGUCGUCAGUGCUGCGUCUGCGGCUGUGGCACCGUUUUCCAGCAGCCAGUUGGCUGGGGGCGAAGCUGACCCCAAUAUUGACUCAAAGAAGUCUUUCCUCAAUGAGAUUGCCCUGGGAUUCGGGAAUUUUCUGCAACUCUAUUCUCAACAUACAGCGAGCGCCCUCUUGAGGAACUGCUCAAAGUCAGGCACCGACGUCGCUUGCGCCGCCGCCGCCAUCGCUUCUUUUACUCUGAUGAAAGCAACGCCCCUUUCCUCCUCCUGUCCCAAUACUCAUCCUCCUCCUCCUCCCCACGUCAUUCUCUGUGACCUCCUUGCAGACCUAAUUAGCCGUGCCAGCAACCGUGGCCGUUAUUUCAUUAUGGCAAUUAAGUGA